GUUGUGCCUUAAAGUGGUAUAAAUAGUACUGUACUUUAGAUGCAUGGUGUGGAUGUGAUGCCAGUCUCAUGGCGCAUGCAGCUGUAGCUGAGAUUGGAUGCAGAGCAAGGCCCUAAUGGACAGGCAGGAUUCUAUGGGAAGAGGUGGUGCUUUCAAAUAUCCUUGCCUCAUACCAUUUAAGAUUUGGGAGGUAAGAACCAGCAGGAAAAAAGUGUACACUACACUCCUACACACCAUGAUAAUUAUAAUUAUUCUGAUUGCCGCUAGAUCAACAGUCCCUUGCCAUCCCACCCACCGCUCUAGUGAAGUAGUCUCCAACUUUUUCAGACUUGAGAUCCACCUUCAACCCAAACUUUGCAUUUGGGAACCCAAUUCUUAAUCAGACCAUAUAUUUGUAUAGUGUUAGUGCUGCUAACUGUUGUGAACAACCUUGGGUCCCAUUGUGAAGUGGGUCCUGGUCCACCUGUUGAAGAGCAAUGCACAAAAGGAGCAGCAGGAAGGGGAGGCAGGGAGAAAUGAGAAGGAACCAGACUAAGGCUUGCUCUGGCUCAACAGAUAAUGAUCUCAGAGGAUCUCUAGCAUAUUUCCCCAAAACUGGAUUUUCGGAAGCCAUCAACCAGUGCUGCAGGUUCAGGAAGAAGGGCAUUGGGAGCACAAGAGUGAGGAAUUAAUUUGCAUUGUAUUUCUGUGUGGAACUUUCUAUUUAUGAGGGUAUCUGUGGGGUAACGAGUCUCAUAUAACUCACCUGCUAAAAAUCUAAUUAAUGCAUUUAAAGGUUAAUACCAGAGUAAGCUGUCAUGCCAGGCUUAGCUAUAUCACUUCUCUUACCUUGGGAGGAAAUAGGUAAUCAAGUCUAUUGUAUCUCCCCAGUCUACCUGAGAAGCUCAGCAUGUGAAGAGGUUUGAGCAGGUUGCUGCAGCUCAACUGCAUGGCUCUCACCAGCCAUUCUGGUGUUCUUAUAUCAAUCAUUUAGGAACUUUUACCACUUUGCAACCAAGCGAGUUUUAUUGCCUGUGAAACUUUUCUGAAUCUGAUCUUUGGAUAGUUUGUAAGCAAACCAUUUUUAAACUUGCCAAAUGUGUGGUCUUUUCCUAUGCUGGGGUGAGAGGGAGACUUAUUUGUGAGGGGACAUUUUGGAACUCAGAGGGGCAUAUUUUAAAGGUCUAACUGCCUAUAUUUCCACGUUUUGUUUCGUGGCUUUAAAAUCUGCACUGGGAUUCUCUGACCAAAGAAUAGUACUUGUCUCAAACUUGGAACCCUCUCUCUCUCUCUCUCUCUCUCACACACACACACACACACACACACACUGCUUUUUUUCUUUAAAAUUGUUUAGGGGUACAGUGGUACCUUGGGUUACAGACGUUUCAGGUUACAGACGCUUCAGGUUACAGACUCCGCUAACCCAGAAAUAGUACCUCGGGUUAAGAACUUUGCUUCAGGAUGAGAACAGAAAUCAUGCUCCGGCGACGCGGUGGCAGCAGGAGGCCCCAUUAGCUAAAGUGGUGCUUCCGGUCAAGAACAGUUUCAGAUUAAGAACGGACCUCUGGAACGAAUUAAGUUUUUAAGCUGAGGUACCACGGUACUCUCAUUUUGACUCAAGAAAAUCACUAUAGUGAUUUUAUAGUUCAAAUUGGGAUUCACAAAAUGUUUAGGGGUAUGCAUCCCCCCAGAAAAAAGCACUGUGUGUGUAUGUGUAUGUGUAUAUAUGCAUGUGCGUGUGUGUAUUUGUGCCAGCUGUAUCUUAUUAUUUUACCCUUGCAAUAUAAAAAUUCUUAGACAAAUCAAACAGAUUUUUUCCCAAAAACAUUAGUUUCUUGAAGCUAAUGCAUCAUACGCAUUUCCUUACGUUUACUGUUUAACUUAAUUGAAAUGUGUUUCCAAGGAAUGCCUAAUACUACCUGGACUGAAAGGUAUUAUGUACACAAAGCAAACAUUACUGAUGACUAUUUAAAGGCUUUCAACACUGCUCUCCAUUACGGUAAUUCAUACGUGCAGGAAGUAUUGGGUAAGACAUUUUUCUACCUCUUCCUUAGCAUUGUUUUACAUUGUUUAAAACAUUAUAUACCAAGUUCAUUAAUGUAUGGGGAUCCUGGCUCUAUGUGCCAAAUUUUAUUAAAUGAUGGACUAAUUAAAACUUUAGCAGUUCAUGUGAUUCGCCUAUUGAGUUUAAAACAAAUAGUUUAUUUUAGAAUGCACCAGUUUUCUUUGUGUUGCAGGUCGAUACAGCUUGAAUCACAGACAUCUUUUAAAGACAACCAUGUUUAUCAGAAACAUGGUGGUAGGAAUGCUUCUUAUCUGUUCUCUCUGGACGGAGACCACCACAGCCGGUUCCAGUUUUUUAAGUCCCGAACAACCAAAAACUCAGGUAAAUGCUGAACACAUUGUUACGUCCCCACACUGAUACUUUAUCAAAAGGUGUUUCAUCCUGGACAGUUAAUCAUUUGCCUAUUGGGUUUGCAUGUGAUUUGUUUUUAACAGCGAAAAGUGUCCCCAAAACCUUCAACAAAGUUCCAUCGCCGAGAUGCAGAAACAUUUUUGGAUGUUCAUGGAAGUGAGACUGAGAGAGACAGCAAUGAAAUAGAAAUAAAGGUAACUACUCCAUACCCUCCAACAUUUCUCCAAUAAAAAUAGGGGUGUCCCAUUCAUAAUGGUAAUUUUACUAUUUAUCCUCCACACAUCUUACUGGGUUGCCCCAGCCACUCUGAGUAGCUUCCAACAUAUAUAAAAACAUAAUAAAACAUUAAACAUAAAAAACCUUCCCUGUACAGGAUUGCCCUCAAAUAGCUUGGGGGUCAGAUAACUCCAUACCCUCCAACAUUUCUCCAAUGAAAAUAGGGACAUCCUAAGGAAAAGUGAGGUCAAAUCAGAUACUGGGAUGGUCCCUGGAAAAUAGGGACAUGGAGGGUCUGCUACUUCCCACCCUUGCUGCCCCAAAUCAACUUGUACCACCCAAAUUAAGAGUAAAAUAUUUCCCCUCCUCCCAAAACAUUUUACUGAUGUACAUAGUAUAUUAACAAAAGGGGGGAACCCCCAUAAUUUAAUACAUAAAGGUAAAGGUAAAGGUACCCCUGCCCAAUUUAAUACAUAGUAUUUAGCAUUUUCAUGUACAAAUAGCCACUGCCCAAAAUCAUACUCCAGCCAGAAAUCAGUGCAUAUACAGAUAACCUCAUGCACAGGGAUAUGAUUACAGUAUGGGUAACCCAAAGGGCCCGAACCUUGAAUCUUUUAUGUUGGGUCACGGAUCUCUUGCCUCUUUCUACUCACUUUUAAAACUUUUAUUUUUCAUUUGCUUACAAGGCAGCUAGGGGUUGUAACUGAAGUCUUUUUAGUAUUUAGUAUCUAGCCACUGAACAGGAUUCUUACUUGCAACAAGAAUGAGAUAAUGAAGGACAGGACCCAGAAACUACUCUCUGUGUAUGAAAACAGGGCAUUCUUUACCACCUAAUUUAGUAUUUAGGUUUUCCAAUAACCUUGAGAGAAGAAGGUACGAACAGAAGAGUUGGAUAAGCUUUGCUGAUAAUUGGCUACUUUGCAUUCUUGCUGUGUCUGAAACAAAAUAAUGUCCUUGUGGCAUGGAUAAACUAUUUCUGUGGCUCUCUGUAUAUACUGACGAAAUAGAGCAGGGUCUGGUCUGUCUAUACAGUCUUGUCAUACAAUGUCCAGGAUAGUGGCAAAUGCCUGUUCCCAGAAUGUUGUGACAGUAUUGCAGGGCCACCACAGGUAAAAUAGGGAUUUCCAGUCUCUCUUGCACCAGGAACACAACAAAGUCAUGCAGGAGUAAGGCGCCAUGUCUGCAGAAAUGACUUGUGCCCUGCAGAUGAGGUUGUCCUUAAAAAUUCUUUCAGACUGGUUUCUGAAAUGGAAGCUCUUAUGUGGCAGCUUCCCACACAGUUCUUAACCCUUCCAUAUUGGCCACAAAGCUCCAAAUGUAACAAAAUAUAAAUAAUGGAAUCUAGGCCCUUUCUUCUAGAAGUAGGUCCAGUCCUCCCAUUAGGCAAAGUGAGGCAACUGCCACAGGCAGCACUCCCAUGGCUGUUCUUCAUAACCCCUGAACCUUUUCCUUUCUGUUGAAAGACAGAGGUUCAGUGAAGGAUGUUAUCCCUUCAUUAGUGUUGAAAUAGGAUUCAGUUGUCAGUCCAGUCAUCUUUUAAUCUUGUCCCCUGCCUCAGGCAGCAAAAUGUUUUGGGCCAGUCCUUCAUGGAAAUCAUUUGUACACAGAUUCUGAAAAAUGGUUAAUGACCAAGCUAGCUGGUGAGCACUUUGUAAUUUGGAUAUGAAUGCUCUUGCCUGGUUUUCUGAGGCCAACUAGUUCUUUGGCUAUUUUAGGCUUUAAUAGUGGAUAUAGAAAACAGGAAGGGACGCAGGUGGUGCUGUGGGUUAAACCACAGAGCCUAGGGCUUGCCGAUCAGAAAGUCGGCUGUUCGAAUCUCCGCGACGGGGUGAGCUCCCGUUGCUCGGUCCCUGCUUCUGCCAACUUAGCAGUUCGAAAGCACUUCAAAGUGCAAGUAGAUAAAUAGGUACCACUCCGGUGGGAAAGUAAACGGCGUUUUCGUGUGCUGCUCUAGUUCACCAGAAGCAGUUUAGUCAUGCUGGCCACAUGACCCGGAAGCUGUACGCCGGCUCCCUCGGCCACUAAAACGAGAUGAGCGCCGCAACCCCAGAGUCAGCCACGACUGGACCUAAUGGUCAGGGGUCCCUUUACCUUUACUUAUAGAAAACAGGUAUUUAGUUCUAUAAAUAUUGCCUACAAAGUGUCAUAGUCUGGGAUGGUUUUAUAUUGUUUUUAUGUUGUGAACCGCCCUGAGUUGUGUGGGUAUAUGGUAAUAAUAAAUAGUAGUAACAAAGUCUAACCUUAACGUCCUGCAACUUUCCUUAGUUCACUGUUCCCUUUGAAAUUGGCAUGAAAAUCUCAGAUGAUCAGUACAAAGACUAUGGCCCAAUACUGGAGAAGCUUCUGGAAGACAUACUUGUUGAAGACAAUAAAGGUAACAUUUCCUCAUUCGAGGAACCAGGGUUUUUACCCAAAUUCAAUCCACAAGGUAUUUGGAGAUCAACUUUAAUAAUAAUAAUAAUAAUAAUAAUAAUAAUAAUAAUAUACCCCAUAUAACACAUUUUGAAUAUCCUCCCCUAACUACAUCAGUCCAUGCAGUGAUAAAACAAUGAAAUCAGCUGCAAAGGCAACUCAAUGCAUUCCCUGCUUUUGUACAAGCUGUAGGUUCCUUUCAAUCUGCUUGAUAAAUACCUCAGCUCUGUUUCUAGCCCAAGUCAUCAGAAAUUAAGGCUGCACACAAAUGCACAUCUACAUGGGAACAAACAGAACUUGCUUGAGUAAAUUAUGCUUAGGAUCUGGUUGCACACCAACAAUCCUAAAUAGUUACUAGAGAAUAUUCCUCUUAAACAAGUGAUUCCAAGUAAAUAUGCUUAGAUAGGACUGUACACACAAAUAUUUUAGGAUUAUGCAUUAAUAAUAACUAGAAGGGCACCAUGUUUUUCAUUUGUAAAUCUUGUGCAUUUUCAAACCCAUGUCAUGAUUUAAUCAUAUUUUUGAAUGUAUGGGACUUGUAAUCUUUGUGGCAAAAUGAACUCCAGCUGUUAUCCAUCACAAUGGAAAACAAACCUAUUUUUAUGUUCCAGAUUGGAAGUGGUGGUGGUAUAGGGGACCCAAUCUAAACAAAGCUUAAGGCUCAGGAAAUCCUGUUGGCAUCCCUGUAGGGUAGCACUCCUGCUAAAAGACAAAGUGUUCUAUCAAUGAAGUCACCCAUUAAUGCAAGAACUUCUCCUGAUGCAACAAGACUUCAUAUGUGCUUGUCUAUAUCUGCCCCAGUGGGUUGGGGAAACCCCCAUAACUAAGAACAGAUUUCAGAAUAUAUAUAUAUUUUUUUUGCUGAAGCGUUCUCUACCCGCUUUACUGCUAUUGAUCCCAUGGAGUUAACACUUUAUGUAUGGGGACAAUAUAUAUAUAUAGCUUCUCAUGUCUACCUUCAUUCAUAUAUUAUUUGCUCUUUUAACAGGUAGAGCCUUGAAAAUCAUUUUACAUUAACAUAGCUUUUUAUAUUAACUACUGCCCUGUUGACCUUUCAGAAAACCAAGAAACACAGUGAAAAAGCAGCUGAAAAUCAAGAUGCUGGAGUUAACAUAACAACUUUACAUUAAAACGAGUUUCAUGCUUUGAAUUCAACUGCUUCAAAUCUUACUUUAUGCUAUCUGACAUACCUAAUAAAUGCCCUUAUUACAGAAUGUUAAAA